AUGAUGACUCCACUGAGUUAUUGGAAGAACCAAGCUAUAGCUAUAGGCAACAGUCCUAUACCAACUGAAAUGGAAUACAGUUCUACUUUAUUAUCUAGCCGUUAUCGUUCAGCUUUACAAGAAAUGUACAUAACAUGGAAGGAGAAACAAAGACCACAAGUCGAAUUGUUCAAUUCAAUGCAUUUGACUGCCUGUAAUGUGGAGAAAGACCGACUGGAAAACAAUUUUGUCUACUCAGCUCCUGUUUUUCCAUCUGAUUUCGAUAAGAAUGAUGAGGAGCUAGCCGAAAUCGAAAAAAAUUAUAAAAACUGCUUGCAACAGAAACUAGAGAGUAUCAAAAUGUAUGAUGACGAACUGGAAAAGAAUGCUCAAAAUACUAUCGAUACCAUUUAUGGAGUCCUGAAGAAGCAAAUGAAGUACAUACCGAUAGAUGCGAAAGAUUUCAGUUUCGCGAGAGAUAUGAUUGAUAUUAGAGCACAACGAGUCCGAAAUUCUGUUCGUCAAACUAUAAUUAACGAAUUCAUUAACUCAAAAUCGUCUCUUGCGGAUGUUAGGAAGAAGAGGAAAAAUUUCAAAGAAGAAUCAUUACAAAUUCUACGAAAUUAUUAUGCUAAGAAUCUGACACAUCCAUAUCCAAGCGAUGAAGAUAAGAGUAUGUUAGCGGAGCAAUGUGACAUGACUACGCAACAGGUUUCUAAUUGGUUUGGUAAUCGACGAAUAAGAGAUAGGAAAGAGAAACUCACAAAUGGAGAUGGUCGCAGUGAUGGGGAACCUAUAUACUCAAUGAUGGAGUCCAAGUAUCAUUGA